CAGAAUACUUAAUCUUUGUUUUCUUUUCUGUUUGGCUGAAGUUGCAGGUUUUGCAUGAUGAAUACCGACAGCAGUGAACCGGCAUUUGAUUGGGACUUUGAUUUGGAUAGUAUUGAUUUCGAGAGCUUGUUUGAAGACCAACUGGCUGAUGCUUUGACUAAUUCUAGUGAGGACGCUACAACCAUAAAUCCAAAUAAUCCUAGUCAGCCCUCCACGCCAUCUAUAAUUGCCAGUACAAAUUUGGGAGGGGAGUCUUCAAAUGCGUUACAACAGGUGACAGGAAGCUCAGGUAACUUGAUAUCAGGAGGAGGGCGACAACAAGAGACUUAUAUUAAUCUCAACUUCCCAGAUCCAGUGGGGUUCACCACCGAUGGACAAUUUCGUUCAGCCACUGCACAUCAUCAUUACAUCUUAAGACAGAUCAAAGUAUUGAAGGAUAGAUACCACAACGAACUAUUGAAAAUGAACUACAAAGCCGCGGAGAUGCGCACUUGGGCAACAAAUAUGGAUGAAUCAAAUUACUACGAAAGCGUCAUAACUGAUCUGGGAAGGAUUAUGACAUUUUUGAAUAUCACCAGAGCGGAUUUGCUUCCCAAUAAUGAACAGAUGAUCUAUAAUAUCAUGAAUACGAUUGUUAACUAUGUGAGCUACCACAUGUACAACCAUGGUUUUUAUUCUCUGCACCGUGAACCUGCCCAUCAGCCACUUAAAGGACCACAGGUGCAGCCCCUUGGAGCCAUGAGGUUGCAAAACAAUCCAUCCCCAAAUCCAACUCAUAGGGUUACAAAUCUAGAAGUCGACAUGUGGAAUUUUAAUCAUAAUUUUCCUUUGGAAAGACCACGCCCGCAACCAUCACAAUCAAGAAUGCCAAGUUUAGCAACCAUUACAUCUUUCCAAAUAGUUCCACAUCCAAGUGUUCCAAGCACAAGACAACAGAUACAUUUGGGACCAAUGACUAGUAGUGUUAUCGGGUCCAGUUAUCCAAUCAGUGUGUUUUCAAACACAACUUCUACUAAUUUUCCAUCUGGACCACUUAUCCACCAACCACCUGUGGCGAAUCAGAAUUUCAACUUUGAAAAAAUGAAAGCACCAAUGCACAAAACGGAUGAGCUUACUGGAUCAAAAGUGCGCCAUGAGAUGUCUCCUUUGGGUUUAGGAUUAGGGAACCAGUGUACAUCCACUCAGUGUUCUCUUCCACACUCAACAGCUAGUUCUCCUUUUUUACUUUCUUCUAAUACAUCAGCUCCAUCUAAAACACCCAUGGAUCCACCUUCACAAGAACCAGAAACCUCAAAAGAUCAGGCUUUUCAUUUGACCGAAGUGGUGAAACCAUCAACUGCACUGAUUUCUUCCUUGACUGACAUUAGCUCAAUUGAAAAGGUGACUGAUAUCAUACCACAUUGUGUACCUCCAAAUCUAGUUAGUACCCAUAUACAAGAUGCAACGAACGUUAAGUAUGAUCAUGAGCCAGUAAAAAAAAGGAAACGCAAGUCAAGUGUCCCAUUAGCGUAUAGUGAUCAGUUUGUUUCUCAAGGAAGGGAUAAAUGCUCAACAGAAUCAUCAACGAACAAGAUGAAGAAGAUUGAGAAUCCUGCAAUAUUGGAGGAGAUCAAAGAGGUUAACAGCAAGCUACUUGAGACAUCGAUGGAGAUAGACCCUUCUGAAGAUGGUAAUAACAUACUUGGAGCUCAUGAAGGGACCAUAGUGAAGUGCUUGUUCAGGAAUGUUUGUUCCCUACUCGGUCCACAGAAAGGUGCUUCAUCUGAAAAGAUGCCGGAGUUUGUCAUACUGCUUCUUGUUCCGGAUAAUUAUCCAGCAUCUUCACCUAAAAUGAUUAAAUCGAGCCUUGAUGUAUUGAACAAUGAACCUUGGGGGACGCUGUAUGACGAAAUGCUGAUUAAGUUUAAUGUUUCACUUUGCGGGAUUACUGGGAUACAUUCUCUUGGAGAUAUGGCAAGAAAUUGGGAUGCUAGUGCUCGAGCUGUAGUUAAUAGUUUCCUACAGAAAAAAGGUGGAAAAAGUUUCAGUGAAAAGUAUGGAAGCUGGGACAACUUUCUGAAGUUCUUCCACCACUAACUAGUCCUCAAAAGAAAACUUGUAAAUCGUUAUGGAGUUCAAAUGUGUGUACUUUUUCUCUGUGGUUGUCGUGGUGUGUUAGCUUAUAGUAUGGCAAAAAAACUCUUAAAUAAUAUAUAUGCAACUAAUGUUACCUGCGUUA